AAACCAGAGUGGGGUGGCUGGCUGGUUGUUAAAGUGCCUGCGCACCAGGACCCUCCUCUGUCCUCUCUCUUUACUACGGCGCUCUCGCCCGUUGUUCGCGUUAAACGUGAGGCCCUUCUUAAGAACUCCGGUCCUCCAACGUUACAUUUUCAACGGAACCCCUCCUUUUCCAGGGACCCUUAUGUUGAUCGGAUUGCCAUUAUUAUUUAUAUUUUAUUGAUCAACGUUAAACGUCAAACUGCUCCGACCAUGGCAGCGAGCGCAAAGCGAAAACAGGAGGAGAAGCACCUGAAGAUACUGCGGGAAAUGACGAGUUUGGCGCCCAACCGAAAGUGUUUCGACUGCGAUCAGCGCGGCCCGACCUACGCCAACAUGACCGUGGGCUCGUUCGUGUGCACGUCCUGCUCCGGCAUUCUACGAGGCCUGAACCCACCACACAGAGUCAAGUCCAUCUCCAUGACCACCUUUACACAGCAGGAAAUCGAAUUUCUACAGAAACAUGGAAAUGAGUUUUGCAAACAGAUAUGGCUCAGUCUGUAUGACGACAGAAACUCGGCCAUCCCGGACUUCAGAGAACCUCAGCGAGUCAAAGAGUUUCUUCAGGAUAAAUAUGAGAAGAAGCGAUGGUAUGUUUCUCCAGAUCAGGCUAAGACAGUGACUUCAGUUCAUGCGUCUGUUUCUGGUUCAUCUGCCAGCAGCACCAGUAGUACUCCAGAGGUUCGACCUCUUAAAACUUUACUGGGCGAAUCGGUACCCAGUUUACACCUUAACAAAAACACGCCCAGUCAGUCUCCAGUUGUGUCACGCACUCAGCUGACCCAGCAUCAGUUUCAGGAGAGGAAGUUUGAUCUGCUAAAUGAUCUGGGUGGUGACAUUUUUGCCCCUCCGCCAACACAGUCUUCGGGCAACGCAAACUUCGCCAACUUUGCACAUUUUAACAGUCAUUCAGUGCCGAACGCUAAUGCGAAUGCAGACUUUGCCAAUUUUGACGCAUUCAAAACUGCUGCUGCUCCAACCACAGCCACAUUUCCAUCAGCAUCACAGGUCUCAUUUCAGACCACACAACCAGUGCAGAACGCUAAUGCAGACUUUGCCAAUUUUGACGCAUUCAAAAGUGCUGCUGCUCCAACCACAGCCACAUUUCCAUCAGCAUCACAGGUCUCAUUUCAGACCACACAACCAGGUAGCGCGUCAGGACUAGCUAACGCCAAUUUUGCAAACUUCGAUAACUUCCCCAAAUCGUGCAGUGCAGAUUUUGCUUCAUUUAGUUCCACUCAGAGUAAAACGGUGGGAGUGGAGGCAGCCAGUGUCCCCGCAGACCGAUACGCAGCCUUCGCCGACCUCGACAACGUGUUUGGCAACUCUAAAUCUGAGCAAGGCACGAGUUCUGCCCCACCAUCUGCAGGCGUCGGCCCUCCUCCUCCUCAGGCCGCUUUGCUGGGCGGCGAUCGCUACGCUGCACUAGCUGAACUGGACAACGUCUUUAGCUCUUCAGCGCCAAACGUCAGCGGCUACAACACUUCCACCACGGCACAGGGGCCUGUGUUUGGAUCCUCUACAGCUGCUCCUCCUGCUCAAGCACAACAAGGUGUUCCCAGCAUGCCUCAGGGUUUUCCAGGUUCUUCAACAAAUCCGUUUGUUGCUCCGGUGGCUUCACAGGCUCCUCCCACUAACCCGUUCCAGGCCAAUGGGAGAGUAGCACCAGGUGUGGGCAUGGCAGCAGCAGCAUCCUUUGGUCCUCCGUCCAUGAGUAUGCCGACUGGAUUUGUAAACAACGCUGCUUACAACCUUCCCACAAGCUACAGUGGAAACUUCCAGCAACCUUUCCCUGGACAGCCCUUUACCCAACCACACGCAUAUCCACAGCAACCCAACGGAGGUUUAAAUGCAUUUGGUCCGGGUAAGGUCACUCCGUUCGGACAGAACAUGAUGGCGCCUGGAGUAACCAAUAACCCCUUCCUGGCAGGAGCACCAGCAGCUCAAUAUCCCGCAGGAGGUUCCUCCACAAACCCCUUUUUAUAAUGCACCGUUCUCCUCCACUCAUCCAGGGGGCGACCCGUUACUGCUUCACACCCCUUGCACUGUUUUGUUUCCCAAGUAGCUUUAAGAAAUUUUGUUUUUAAAUAUUUUUUUUAUUGAUUUUUAAAAACAAAAGACUGAAAAACAGCAAUUGAAUAUGUAUACUAACGCCAACAGAAAACAAAACGUGUUGCGGGUGUCUGUGGAGAGAAGGGGCUUUUUUGCUGUGCUCCUCUGUGUUGUUCCUGUGAACCGGCCUGCCUGAAGUGGCCGUUAACUAAGUUAUUGCAUUGUCCCGUUCAUAUUGAUGCUGCAAUCUUGUAUAUAAUUCUUUCAUAGAAAUUGCUCAAUUUUAAGUCUUUGUGCAUAUCAGUAUUUGUAUCUUUAAAACACACACACACGCUGCAUAUAUGGCGCUGACGUCACCCAUGCUGUGAAUAACAUUUGACGUUAAAUAAGAAUGUGGAAUCAUCAAAGUGAUACCUUUCGUGCUUUGGAGUUCCUCUUGGCAAAGGAUAAACUUCAGUUCGAGGACUUACAAACUACAAGACUCUUUUGAAUGUCAGCCCCUCCCGAACUCUCAGCUGGACAGGUGUUUUUAUGAGAGUCAGACCACUUAUGUUACAGAAGUCUAAGUUAAUGUGUGUAUAUAUAUAUAUAUAAAUAAAUAAAUAUAUAUACAAAUAUAUAUUAAAAUGAA